UAGGGAACUCUCAUAAAUAGUAUCACCUUCUUUUAUUGUAAAUUCCAAUUAUAGCCAUGAUUCCUAGUGAGAUUGAUAUGAGAGGUAUCCAGUAUCUAGCACCAGAAAACCAAUUUCUUGUUCCACCUUAUAAUAAUGAUAAUAAUAAUAAUAAUAAUAACCUCAGUUGCUUGAUUCAUAGUGAAAUCCCAACCUUCCAUGAUAAUCUAAACACGCUCUUAACCAACAUACCCAUCUACAGUUACAAUAACAAUAACUUCCCUUGUGCAUUAGGAAAUGACUUUAUUGUCCCUCAUAAUUCGUCAUGCCUCAGCAGCAACUCAACGACCUCCGACGAAGCCGACGAGCUUCCGCUCAGCGUGAUUGACGAGCGGAAGCAGAGGCGGAUGAUAUCGAACCGCGAGUCGGCUCGGAGGUCGAGGAUGAGGAAGCAGAAACACCUUGACGAACUCUGGUCUCAGGUUGUUAGGCUCAGAAGCGAGAAUCACAACCUUAUUGACAAGCUCAACAACAUGUCUGAGUCACAUGAUAGAGUUCUUCAGGAGAAUGCAAGACUCAAGGAAGAAGCUUCCGAUCUCCGCCAAAUGAUAGCGGAGAUAAGUGGAAACUCGUUUGGUUGUGCUGUCAGAGGUUUCGAUUUUGACGAUGACGACGACGACGACAACAACCAUAAUAAUGAUAAUGAUGAUGUUCCUUGCAAGAACACUACUACUACUAAAAUUCUCAGAGAUGAGGAAACCAAGAACCAUGUUCACUAAUUGAGGCUAUAUAUAUUAUAUAAAAUUGAUCAUACGUAUAUUACUCUAUUUUCCAUCUUCUUCUUAUCUUUUGUUUUUUACUUUAUUUUGACCCAUGUUUUAUUAGUUUGAUCCAAUGGAGCUGUACGCGAGUGAGUUCAGAUAAGAUUAAAUAAC